CUCCGAUUCAAAGUGGUUGAGAUUAUAAAAAGCGGCCAACGUUCAUAUUCAUACCAGUCGAUACGCAAACGGCCGCCGGUUCAAAUCAAUACUCUUAGCAAUGGAUGAUGAUGAUCAAAAAGUUGCUAUAAUGCGCAAAGCAUUCCAGAUGUUUGACACACAAAAAACUGGUCUCAUCGAAACAAUCAAGAUCUCAACCAUCCUCAACACAAUGGGCCAAUUGUUCGAUGAUAAUGAACUAAACGCACUUAUUGAUGAAAAUGAUCCAGAUGCUACCGGAAAGGUCAAUUUCGAUGGAUUCACGAACAUUGCCGGCCAUUUUCUCGAGGAAGAAGAUGCUGAGGCCAUGCAACAAGAGCUCAAGGAGGCAUUUCGAUUAUAUGAUCGAGAGGGAAAUGGUUACAUUACAACGAGUACACUCAAAGAGAUUUUGGCCGCAUUGGAUGAUAAGCUCAACAGUGCCGACUUAGAUGGUAUCAUCGCUGAAAUUGAUACAGACGGAUCGGGUACCGUUGAUUUUGAUGAAUUCAUGGAAAUGAUGACCGGUGAUUAAGGAGCUUUUUGCACAUCUUCUAAUUUAUACACAACAAAUUUUCGAUAUUAAGUAACUCUAUUUUCUAUCUGCAUUUUUGCACACAUCACAAUCAACCGAUAACUUCGACAUAAAUUGAAAUAGACGUUUUGAAAUUUUAUGUAAGGAAAACAACCACUGCUGCUACUACCGAUUUUCACAUGUAAUUGGAAAAUGCGAGAUUUCAAUAUGUAGAAUUUGCGCAUUCGCCACCAAGUAUUAUUUUAACAAGGGGGAAAAAAGAAGAAAAAAAAGUUUGUUAAAUUGUAAAUACACAAAAGAAUUCGUACAUCAAGACAAAAAAAACUUCACAAAAAUUGAUGUUUGAACCAAAAAAAA